CGCUUUACCCCGCUCUUGUUUCUGACCACCAAGUCUUCUUCACUCUACUCUCUCCUUGACAAAACUCCCGUCAUACCUGUGCCUCGCAGGAUGGCCUCCCGGUUUCGGAGGCUGCGUUUUCCCUUACCUUCUCGAUUCUUGCUCGGCUUGUCGAUCUCGACUGGGGGGCUGUAUCUUGCCGCGAAGCAACGUGAGCUCCAUGCUGACUCCCGCCCACCUCUGUCAAGCGUGGCUCUAAAAUCCAGCAACGAGGCUAUCCCACGAAGUGAACUCUUGGUCGCCAACUCUAAUCUACCUGCGGAAGAUUAUGUUUGCUCCUUACCAAUGGAGCCAUACGCUUGGAGAUUUUAUGGCGUUUUCGAUGGACACAACGGACACCACUGUGCUGCCUAUCUUUCGAAAAACUUGUUACGCAGGAUGAACGAUGCGCUCUGGCAAGAAUACCUUCGGGACGAGAAGUUCUCCUUGAAAGAUAUCUACCGCACUAUCAAGGAGACCUUCCUUGCGGUCGACAACGAGAUUGUAAAUUCUCCGGCCCAGCGGCUCCGCGACGAGCCUUCCGAAGCGCCAAUCCGGACUCUUGCCGCAAACACCCUCCAGGAGGCCCGUUCUGGAGCCUCAGCGAUUUUCUGCUUCUACCAAGGCAACAUCCGUAAAUUGCAUAUCGCUGUUGUUGGCGACUGUCGUGCCAUUUUGGGGCGCCGGCGCAAAACCGACGUCGCUGAUGCCCCACCGAUGUACGACGUCCACAUCCUGUCUGUUGACCAAACGCCAGACAAUCCGGCCGAGGUAGCACGCCUAAAGGCUGCACACCCCCAUGAGCCACACUUGUUUCGAGACGGCAGCUUUCUGGGAUGGGGUAUAACUCGCGCUUUUGGGACGGGGGCCAUGAAGUGGAGUCGGGAGAUGCAGGACUGGAUGGAGCGGAAAGCAUUUGGGCUUAAGUACCGCAGCGUGUGCCAGUCACCACCUUACUUCACCGCCGAACCAGAAAUAACGACGACCACGGUCGAGCCUGGCGACUUCAUGAUCAUGGCCAGCGAUGGCUUCUGGGAGUGUCUUACCAACGAAGAGGCCGUCGGACUGGUCGGGAAGUGGCUAGAGGUCACCGGCGGACCGCUGCCAGGGAGAAACGAUAUGCCGAGUGAGGACUGGGUGGUGGAGCGACAAGAUUUGCCCGUCGAGAUCACAGACGGACGGACGCAUUAUCAGCGAUGGGGCGUCAAGAAAAAGUUCGUUUGCUACGAUAUCAAUGCAAGUGAGCAUUUAGCCAGGAAUGCGCUUGGAGGAGCAAAUAAGGAUGUCUAUAAUGCGCUGCUUGACCUCCCUCCGCCACAUUCUCGGCUUCUUCGUGACGAUAUAAGUCUUGCUGUCGUGUUUUUCUCGUAG